CCGUCCCUCCUGCUCCUGCUGUACCAUCCCGAGGAGGCUCAGAGACCGGCCAGGCGAGCCCCAGCAUGGCACGGCCACCCGUGCUCUGGCUGCUGCUCCUGCUGGGGCUGGGGACGGGGGGCUCAUCCUCCUGCUGGGACCCCCAGGGCCAGCCCCGCCGCUGCAUGCCUGUCUUUGAGAACGCUGCCUUUGGCCGGGCCGUCCAGGCCACCAACACGUGCGGUUCCCCCCCUGAGGACUACUGCCUGCAGAUGGGCGCCCGCCACGCCAGCGCCCUGUGCCACCGCUGCGAUGCCACCGACCCCCGGCGCCACCACAACGCUUCCUUCCUCACUGACUUCCACAGCCAGGAGGAGAGCACUUGGUGGCAGAGCCAGUCCAUGGCUUUCGGCAUCCAGCACCCCAACUCUGUCAACAUCACUCUUCAUUUGGGCAAAGCCUACGAGAUCACCUACGUGCGGCUGAAGUUUCAUACCAGCCGCCCUGAGAGUUUCGCCAUCUACAAGCGCAGCCGCGCCGAGGGGCCCUGGGUCCCCUUCCAGUUCUACAGCGCGUCCUGUGAGAAGACCUACAGGAAGCGGCUGCGGCACUACCUGCGGCCCGGGGAGGAUGAGCAAGUGGCUUUCUGCACAGACGAAUUCAGCGACAUCUCCCCUCUGAGUGGGGGCAACGUGGCCUUCUCCACCCUUGAGGGACGGCCAAGCGCCUACAAUUUCGACGGGAGCCCCGCGCUGCAGGAGUGGGUGACCGUCACUGACCUGCUCAUCUCAUUGAACCGGCUCAACACAUUUGGGGAUGACAUCUUCAAGGACCCCAAGGUGCUGCAGUCGUACUACUAUGCCAUCUCAGACUUCUCCGUGGGUGGCAGGUGCAAGUGCAAUGGCCACGCCAGUGAAUGUGCACCGGACGAGGCCGGGCAGCUGGUCUGUGUGUGCCAGCACAACACGACCGGCACCGACUGCGAACGCUGCCAGCCCUUCUACCAGGACCGGCCCUGGGCUCGCGGCACUGCCGAGGCCGCCAACGAGUGUCUGCCUUGCAACUGCAGUGGCCGCUCGGACGAGUGCUUCUUUGACCGGGAGCUGUACCGCCGCAGCGGGCACGGGGGCCACUGCCGAAACUGCCGUGACAACACUGCCGGGCCGCACUGCGAGCUCUGCCGGCAGAACCACUAUCGCUGGGAGCCGCAGGGAGCCUGCCAGCCCUGCCACUGCCACCCCGCAGGGUCCCUGCACCCCCAGUGUGACAGCUCGGGGACCUGCCUGUGCAAAGCCAAUGUGACGGGCUGGAAGUGCGAGCGCUGCAAAGAUGGGUACCACAGCCUGAGCGAGGGCGGCUGCAGACCCUGUGCCUGCGACCCCGCGGGCAGCGUGGGCACCUGUGACCCCAACACAGGGCAUUGCACCUGCAAGGAAAGGGUGGAGGGGCACCUGUGCAACAGGUGCCAGCCAGGCUGGUUCAACCUGCAGCCCCACAACCCUUCCGGCUGCACCAGCUGCUUCUGCUAUGGCCACUCCACUGCCUGCGCAGCGGCAGACGGCUACGAGGUGACCCACAUCCGCUCCGACUUCAGCCAAGGGCUGGAGGGCUGGGCGGCCACAGCGCCAGGCACUGCGAACCUGCCACUACGCUGGGCUGGAGGGGAGAUCGUCACCGAGUGGGAUGGGGAGGAACCAGUGGAUUUUCUUGCACCAGAGAAGUUCCUGCAGAACCAGCGUCUCAGUUAUGGGCAGCUCCUGUCCCUGCUGCUGGGAGCAGAGGGGAACGGGACGGGGAUGGAGAACGGGGUGCCUCUGCUCUGGGUCCAGCUGGUGCUGGAGGGCGAGGGGAUGGAGGUCACCAUGUCCAGCAGUGAGAGCCGGCCCCAGCGCGGGAAGCAAGCUGUCACCUUCAGGCUACAUGAGGCAGAGGAGGGUGCGGAACCUUCGCUGUCAGCCAUCAGCUUCCAGCGCCUGCUCUCCAACCUGACAGCCCUCCGCCUCCGCGUCCGACGAGGCCCCGUGCGAGGCAGGUUGUUCCUGAGCCAGGUCCAGCUUGUGUCCGCUCGCCCCGGGCCGGGGGAGCGGGCGGGCUGGGUGGAGGAGUGUACAUGUCCUCCAGGCUACACCGGCCAGUUCUGCCAGUCCUGCGCCCCUGGCUUCACACGAGAGAUCCCAUUCGGCAGCCCCUUUGUCACCUGCGUGCCCUGCGCCUGCAACCAGCAUGGGGACUGCCACCCCCUUACAGGGCACUGCCAGUGCUUGCACAAUACCGAAGGUCCCUCCUGCGAGCGCUGCAGCCCUGGGUUUUAUGGCAACCCCUUCAUCGGGCACUUUGAUGACUGCAAACCAUGCCCCUGCCCUGACCGCUCACCCUGCACCCAGGUGCCGGGCAGUGGGGAGGUGGUUUGCACCCACUGCCCCCCUGGGCAAAGAGGAAAACGCUGCGAGCUCUGUGACGAUGGGUUUUUUGGGGACCCCCUGGGGCAGAGGGGUCCCGUGCGUCCCUGUGUCCCCUGCCAGUGUCAUGGGAACGUGGAUCCCAACGCCGUGGGGAACUGUGACCCUGUGUCCGGCCGGUGCCUGCGCUGCCUGUACAACACGACGGGCGAGCACUGCGAGAGAUGUCGGACAGGCUUCUACGGGGACGCGCUGGCUCCCAGCCCUGCUGGGAAGUGUGCACCUUGUGAUUGCAACCCCGAUGGUUCGGUCCUGGAGCCGGAGGAAUGUGAUCCCAGCACAGGGCAGUGCCGCUGCCUCCCACACGUGACGGGUAGGACCUGCGGGCUGUGCCAGCCCGGCUACCACAGCCUGCAGCCCACCGUGGGGUGCCAGAGCUGCCAGUGCCAUCCCAUGGGGUCACGGGACAGCGGGUGCCACACAGUGACAGGACAGUGCUCCUGCCAGCCGGGAGUCACAGGGAAGCGAUGUGACCGAUGCCACCAUGGCUUCUUUGGCUUUUCUGUCAGAGGAUGCCGAGCCUGCAACUGCUCCCCACUGGGCUCCGUCACCCUGCAGUGCCACGAGAACAGCACCUGCCUCUGCCGCCCUGGCUUCGUGGGCUACAAGUGUGACCAGUGCCAGGCCAACUUCUUCCUCGACCCGCCGAGCUCCCACUGCCAGCAAUGUCCCACCUGCUACGGGCUGGUGAAGGAUGAGGCUGACCAGCUGAAGGCCAGGCUGCAGGAGAUGGAGGAACAGCUGCAAAAACCAGGCUGUGACACCCGCCUGGGCCAGUCCCUCAUGCUGGGAGAUGCACCCCGGGGAGACGCGCUGCCCAGUGCUCACCUCCUGCAUGGUGUCCGGGUCACCCUCCUGGCGCAGGUGGGGCGGCUGGCAGGGGCGCUGGGCACCAUGCAGGGCCAACUCAGCAAUGCCAGCCAGGCCAUAGGCUGCUCCAGCCACGGACCCCCCAAAACCUGCAUCCUGCUGUCGGAGAUCGGGGCCACGCUGCGGUCGGCACAGCGGGAGAUCCUGCAUGCCGCGGACACCCUGGCUACCACGGAGAUUCCCCCGGAAAUCCCUCAGCAGCCCACAAACUGGAGCCACCAGGUGCUGGAGGCACGGGAGCUGGCCCAGAGCCACGAGGACAUGGUGGCGCGGGUGGAGGCGGUGGUCGGGAGAGCACUGCGAGCCUCCAACACCAGCUCCCAGCUCCUGCGGAGCUUGCUGGAAGGGAACACGACGUGGGAGAUGCAGCAGGAGCUGGAGGCCGGGUAUGAGGAGAUCCAGCGGGCACGGGAGGAGCUGGCUGCUGGUGUGGUGGAGGUGGCAGCAGAGACCAGGAGAGUGUUGGCAGCUGUGCAGCAGGUGAACGCAGACAUGGCCGAGAGGCUUCUGCAGGUGGCUGCGCCGGGGCAGCAGACGCUGCCGGCGCAGGCUGCAGCCCUGGCACAGGAGCUGGCAGUGCUGGAGCAGGCAGUGCAGGCGCAGGAGCCGUCGGCUCGGCAGGCUGUCGAGGCAUCCCGUGCUCUGGCAGCAGGAUUGCGCCAGGAGCUGCAGAGGACUCACGGCUUCGAGCAGCUGCGGGACCGGGCUGGCUCUGCCCACAGCACGGCCACCUUGGCCAUCGCACGUGGAAAGGCCGUGCUCUCCGACACGGAGUCCCUCCUGGCCAACUUGGAAGGCAUGAAGAAGGUGCUGGGACACAGGAAGGGCCAGGCUGCCCUGAGCAGGAGGAUGACACUUGUGCGGGACAGGGCGAUGGUGGAGGCCCAGAGGAAGAUUAAACAGGCAGAGAAGACGCUGGGAAACUCCUUGUCCAUCUCUACCACAGCCCGGAGGAAGGCUGGGGAGGCUGAGCAAGUCUCUGGGGAGAAUGCAAAGAGGGCACAGGCUGUGCUGCAGGAGGGCAAGCAGACCCGCAAGCAUGCCAGCCAGCUUGCCACACGUGCCAAUGACACCCAGCGGGAGCUCUCACGGCAGGAGCACGUGGCUGAGAAACUCAGGGGGGACCUGGAGGAAACACAUCAGGUGGGGAUGGAGGUGAGUGAGAUGGCAAAAAGUCUCCAGGAAGCCCGGGGCUUGCUCAUCUCGGACAUUGAGACCCUGAACAACCUGCUGAGCAGCCUAGGCAACCUGGAGCAGGCAGCACAGCUGGAGCCAGUGCUGAGCGCCGGGCGGCUGGAGCUGGAGCGGCUGUGGCUGCGCCUGGCGGCACCGGGCAGGCUGUCCGGCCAGCUCAGCCUGCUGCAGCGCGAGGCGGAACGGCAGCGGGAGAAGAUCGAGGCGUUCGAGAGCGACUUGGCUGAGAUCCGGGCUGACAAGCAGAACCUGGAGGACAUUUUGCGGAACCUCCCCGAGGGCUGCUCGAAGUGGCAGUGACAGGUUCCUGGUCACCACCCCGUCACCACUGUUCCCCCCUGCGCAGGGAACGGCAGAGCAAAGGACACCCUGCGGUCACCAGCAUCGAUCCCUCCCACUGUUCGUCAUGCUGCCCACCACACAAUAUCACACCCCAGGUCCUUACCUGCACCAGGUCAGGCUCAGCACUCUGAGCUCUGCAGCAUGGUUUCAGUCACCAGCUCUGUCCUCAGGGCAGGGGGACAACCAUCUACCAGGGACCACCGAUGUGUCUGUGCAGGAGACGGAGCACUCACAGGGUUGGUCUCUCACUGUGGAGGGAACAAAGAGCUGUCACAGCUCUCUAUACCAGACACAUCUCUCCAUCCCUCCUUCCCCACUGCAACAUGGUGCACCAGGGAGGGACAACUUAUCAAGUAUGGAAGGUACCAAAGGGGUGUCCCUCCUGCCCCAGGAGGAGAUAAGAGAGGCUGUUGCACAUGUGCUGGACCCUUAACCAGCUCUUGGCAGGCAGGUGAGGCAUCCUCUGCCUGCUUGCAGGGUAAGAGCAGCUCUGCACCUGCUAUUCCCCUGCUCCAGGGUCACACAGUGUCCUGCCCCAGCUCUGCUUGACUCACUGGAUGUCAUCAGGUCUGGCUAUAAACCAGCCCAAUUGCCGGUGGUACCAGGGGCUGGGUGGAAUGGGAAUGCACCAGGCAGGGAGGUGGAAGAGCUGACACUUGCAGCUGCAUCACCCCACAGCCCCCAUCACCACCCACACACCCUCACAGACACAGAACAGCUGGACACAGCCAGUUCCUGCCAGUGUCACUGCCGCGGGGUGGCAGAGGUCGGCGGCUAUAUCGCCUUUAAAGGAAAGGCAUGUGCGUUCCCCCCCUGCUCCCUAGGCUGGGCUGUGGGGCCAUGCAGGCAGCAGAACCAGGUCCUUGUUCAGCCCUGCCACGCUGGCUGUGCCGUGACUCCAAGUAGCAGUGAAAUCACUCACCUAAGACCAGAAACAAGUUCCCAGGCUGGAGCCCGGUUCACUUUUUAACCCGUUUUACCUGUAUUCUUCUGCUCACAGUUCUGGAAAUCAGGUUUGAUAAGCCUUAUGUAAUGUUCUAUGUAAAACUUCUGCCAUAGACAUUGGAUCACCCACAGCAUCAUCUCCAGUGGAUUCAGUGGUCUGGAAGUGACACAAGGAUUUCCUACCACAAGCAAACCAUCUCCCCCCCAAUUCUGCACAAAAUCUGCCCAAGGAGUGGGGUGCCAGAGCUGCAGUGCUGCAGGAAUGUCAUGGCAGGGUGUCCCCUCUCGCUACCCAAGAAUAGUUCUGCAAAAGCAAAACCGUGCGAGUGCACAGCGUGCUUCAGCUUGGCCGAGAGGCAGGAAGCCACAGCCACUUACCGUCUCCCUGGCUAGACAAUUCUACAGCUCCAAUCAACACAUCAAUUUGCUGCUCUUACAGAAAUGUCAAGCCUCUGCCUUGUGCCUGCUGCUGAAGAUGUGGUUCCUCCUCCCUCCUGCUCUCCCUGGAACUCUGUUCUUUUAGCUGGUGUCACCUGCCUAGAGCUGUAUCCAUUAAAAAUUCUUAAUAUAAUA